GCGGAGCGAUGCUUUCGUGUUCGUUCAUUUUGUAUUUACGUUAAAUUUUCGCUUGAAUUACUGAUUUAAACAGGUUAAAUCAUACUUGAAAUACUGAAAGAGUUCCUAGCGAUCAAUGACUGUGUAACUCCCGUAAACUAACGCGUUAAAAAGUAGCCGCUAAAUAGAAAAACCGAUCAAUCAACUUUGACGUAAAGCAGCAUCAAGCCAACAAUCUGAAAGGAACGAUGGACUCGGACGAGGGUGGCGUGAAGGGGAAAGGCCGUGGUCGGGGUCGCGGAUCCCGUGGUGGUACUCGCGGUAGGGGUCGUCGUCGUGGCCGAGGCCGCGGUAAGAAGGCAUCCCGGGUGAUAUCGUCCGACGAGGAGGAAGUCGGUUCGCCUGAUCCCGACAAGGACAGCGACGAACCGGCAGAGAUUGCAUCGCCUCCAAAAGGGGGUGUAUCAGCGGGUCCACCAGAGACGGAAACUAUUAAGGAACCAUCGUUGGAGAAGGAACCGGCAGUGGACGAACCUACCGCUGUUAGUGGUUCGAUUGUGAUCGAUAUGGAAGCGGAUAUUUCACAGCUGGAGGCCCCGACGUUUACGACUAUUUCGCGGGGCCCACCGGAACCGAUGUUGAGAUUAAAUUGGGAUCACAAGGUGAACCUGAUCGGCGAGAAGGUGCUCAAUCCGAUGAUCUACAUCUGUGACCAGUGCGACAAGCCGAUCCUGAUCUACGGCCGGAUGAUUCCGUGUAAACAUGUAUUUUGUCUGAGGUGUGCCCGUUCGGAGAAUUUGAAAAUCUGUCCACGGUGCAAGGAGAAGGCCGUUCGGGUGGAGCAAACCGGUUUAGGAACCGUUUUUAUGUGCACUCACGGAGGAACUCGCUACGGAAGCACUGGCUGUCGUAGAACGUAUCUCUCGCAGCGCGAUCUACAGGCUCAUAUUAACCACCGGCAUGUGAGCAAUCCACCACAACCGGUUCCUCCACCACAGAUUUCGGCGGGCCUUCAAGCACAGCCUCCUCAGCCGCAGCAGGUGAUUGAUACCAAGAAUGCCGGUCCUACGGGAGUUGGUAGUUCUCCGGUUCGGAAGAAUUCCUGCGACCAAAUGAACUCUCCACGGGCAACGACGGGAGGACAGGGUCCACUUCCGCUGAAUUAUGUUACAAGCGGAUACGGAUCAUCAUCCAGCGCUACCCAAUUGAUUCAUAACAUGUCCAUCAGUCCACAAACUGCGCAUCUCUCCGGUCGGUCCAGCUAUACUCAGCAAUCUUCACCACAGCACACGACCAGUUCAUCCAGCUGGGGACAACAAUCUUCGCAAUACUACCGAUAGAUUCCCUCGGUACUCGUGUAGAUUAAAUAACCGUUCGUGCAUGCAGUUUCUUUCAAGAGAUAAACCGGUAGAUUUAACAACCAUUUCUUAUUAUUUAUG